CCCGUGUGUGUGCUGUGAAAAUAUUCCAAUUCCCCCGCCACGCCAACACUCUGAAGUCUUCUUCACCUUCUCCGUCGGUUUCCGAAACGCUCCGUUUCAUCAUCUCUCCUCCGUUGAUCCACAAUCCAGGAACAAGCUCCCUUUCCAUCUCCUUAAUGGCCCAUUCCAGGCCCAGGAUUUUAGAGCAAGCCGAGGCCGAUUGCGACGGUAAAAUUACGGAUAAUAUAGCAGGAGAGCGAAAGUACGCUGAAAUUGUUGUGAUACGUCAUGGUGAAACCGAAUGGAAUGCCGAUGGGAGAAUUCAGGGGCACUUAGACGUUGAGUUAAACGACGUAGGAAGAGAGCAAGCUACCGUGGUGGCUGAGCGAGUUUCCAAAGAGUUCAAAGUCUCUGCGGUUUACUCAUCUGACUUGAAGAGAGCAUUUGAGACUGCACAGAUUAUAGCAAGCAGCUGCGGGGGCCUUCAGGUUCUUGAAGACCCAGACCUGCGGGAAAGACAUCUCGGGGAUCUCCAAGGCCAAGUGGUUCGUGAAGCUGCCAAAAGCAGUUCGAAGGCUUAUAGAGCAUUUGUAUCUAAACGAAGGGAUGAAGAAAUUCCAGGUGGUGGAGAAAGUCUUGAUCAACUUUAUCAACGCUGCACAUCUUCGCUGCAAAGGAUUGCAAACAAGCACAUAGGGGAGCGAGUAGUUGCGGUCACUCAUGGAGGAGUUAUCAGAGCACUUCAUAGACGGGCAUCUUCACAUGGGCGGUCUGCUGGGAAGAUUAUGAAUACAUCUGUCAAUGUAUUUCAGUUGUCUGAUGAGGAUGAGUGGUCCAUUAAAGUAUGGGGUGACGUGAGUCAUCUUAACCAGACUGGCUUUUUGGAGUCUGGUUUUGGUGGGGACAAAUCUUCUGGUUAGUCUUUACAUGUCUACUUGACAUCGACAAACCUGGAAUUUUGUAGGGGACAUGCCCCUUUCACCAUUAUAAAUCGCUGAAACAUUCGAAUUGGUUCAACAACUACGAUUAAUUAAUUAGAAUCUUCAUUAUAAUUUUGACAAUGUUGCGACA